AUUAGUUUAACGGUCCGCCAUGAAAUGCAUUAUUUUAGUUGCAACUCCUCCUUAGCUUUGUUUGUUUUCUUCGUUCCUAAUUAUACGCUCACCUGUUCCAAUUGAAAUUCCUCCACGACAAAAUGUCUACCGACGUGGCCGUAUACACGCAGCCGCCGGAGAACCUCAUCCAACUCCUAACGACAAAUCACCUUCCUCAUGCUUUACCUUUACUAAGGCGCUUGCGGUUUACGCAAUUCCCCGGUGGAAUUUCGGAGCAUGCUCGCAUUAUAUUUGCGUCUGCGACGAAUACACCUGAUAUUGAUUCCGUAGACACGCCUUUUGCGGCUGCGUAUUUAGAUCUUUCGCGUGGGCCAGAGACACAGAUAUGGUUAUAUUCGUCGCUAGAACGGCGCCCAGACGCGCUGGCUUCGGCGGCUAGUGAGGGUGAUAAGAAUGAGAAUGGGAGGGGAGUCGAAGAGCAGAAGGAAGAAGCAGCGGCUGAAUGCGCGCGUCGGGUUCUGCGCCAGGUUAAGAAGGAGCGUGAUGCGUAUUUCGCGAAGGUGGGAGGGGAGCGGUCUUCGACGAUAUUAGCGGGGACGUUGAGUGAAGUACUACGAUUGGCGUUGUUGAACCGCGGUGUCGUGUUUCCGUAUGUGUCUGUUUACGACAAGUGGCUUUUCCGGCUGGAUAACUUGCCGGAUGUGCAGAGCCCGCUUACUACAGAUAUGCGAUGGGAUAAGUUUCAAAGAGAGGAUAUUCCGCUCAUGUUGUCGAGGACAAAUAUUAAUAGGAAGGAACGAACAAUUGUUCUUUUACCAAGUAUGGCCGUUUACCGCGAUGACGGUACGCCUAUUGCUUGGGCCUUGCUGGGCCCCGACUCUUCACUAAGUAGUUUGCACUGUGAAGAAGAAUGGCGUGGGAAGGGUUUCGCAAAAGCAGUGGCAGUCAGGAUCCUGCGGGAACGCCUAAUUGACUUUGAUGGCGAUCAGCAUUGUUGGGCGGAUGUUGCUCCGGACAACCCCAAGAGCCAAAGAGUUUGUAGGAGUUUAGGUGGAAAAGUGGCUUGGUCAAUAUCGUGGAGUACAAUAGAUCUAGAUCAGAGCUUCCCAGACCAAUGAGUAGAAUUUUGGCGAGUUUCGGUUCGCUCACCG